UUUUUCUCCGACCGGCCUCCGAGGUCCAGUUUCUUCCCUAAAUCCCUCCCUCUCCUUACGCAUGUCUCAAGUUCCCGAUUUCCUGGUGCAGAUCCUCGCGUUUAGGACAUAUACGAUACAUUUCCCCUAAUUAUUUUGUUGCUUUUUCACGGAAUCAUUCGAAUCUAGGGAUUUCUUGCAGGGAUUUCGUUCCUGAUGCUUUAGGAUUUCCGCCGAUGUUUGUUGCCCCACACUGAGAGAGAGAAGAGAGAGAGAGAGAGAGAGAGAGAGAGAGAGAGAGAGAGAGAGAGAGAGGACAUGAAUAAUCCGAUGAUGGGCGGCGGCUUGCUCCCUGGUUCGGCCACCGGGAUCCUUGACCUUGACCCCUCCGUCGGUCAGUGCCACCACCACGCUCCCACCCACGCCCACGCCCACUCCCACAUCCAUCCGGUCUUCGGAGGAGGCCUCGACUCGGACCGCCAGAUGGCCUCACUCUUUGUCCCCUCCUCCGUGGGCGCCGCCACAAGCGACGACGAGGACCACUUCCCUGCCGUCGCAGGCGAGGAGGACGGCCACGAUCCCGACUCCCUGCCUGCUUCCGAGGCUGGCGGCAGCAAAAAGGCUUCGCCUUGGCACCGCAUGAAGUGGACUGACGAAGUGGUGCGGCUGCUGAUUUCAGUGGUGGCGUUCGUCGGUGAUCACGACGACGGUAGUCUGGAGAUCCUCAACGGAUCAGCAGCGGCUCGGAGGAGGCACGGGGCCUCCCUCCAGAAGAAAGGAAAGUGGAAGACGGUGUCGAAGUUAAUGCUGGAGAAGGGCUGCUAUGUUUCGCCCCAGCAGUGCGAGGACAAGUUCAAUGACCUCAACAAGCGAUACAAGCGGCUCAACGAGAUCCUUGGACGAGGGACAUCCUGUCAGGUGGUCGAGAAUCCUCACCUUUUGGAUUCAAUGUCUCAUAUCUCUCCGAAGGCUAAGGAAGACGUGAGGAAGAUCUUAAGCUCCAAACACCUCUUUUACCGGGAAAUGUGCGCAUAUCACAAUGGGCAGAGGAUACCGAAUUGCCAUGAUAUCGAUUUGCAGGUCUGUGAUGUCCCAAAAGUCGCUACUUCCAAGGAUGGUGAUGGUCAUGCAAACGAUGAAGAUGAAGAUGAUGAAAAGGAUGGUGAUGAUGGGGAUCAUGAUGACAGGAGCGAUGAAAUGGGCAACAAGGGUUUAGAGAGCUUCAGGGCCGAGAUGGAUGUGGUGCUUCAUGACACAACAAAGUCACCAUGGGAACAGAGGCAGUGGUUUAAAGGACGUGCAUUGCAGCUUGAAGAGGAAAGGGUGGAGAUUGAGGCUGAAGCACUGGAACUGGAGAAGCGACACUUCAAGUGGCAGAGAUUCCGUGGCAAGAAGGAUAGGGAGCUCGAGAGGCUGAUGCUGGAGAAUGAGAGAUUGAAAUUGGAAAAUGAACGCAUGGCAUUGCAAGUGAGGCAGAAGGAGCUGGAGCUGGAUAUCCUGAGAUCCAUGGACAGGGAGCAAGACAUCCAAGGGAACUAGCUACAGCAACGUACCAUCGGUAGAUCUUAUUUCCUUCGGCUGUUGUAUUGACACUGCAAACCCUUUUUCUUAUUCAUGAACUUUAUCUCUUGAUCUGUAGAAAAAAUCACAUAGAGAGAUCACCUAAACUCUGAAUUAUAUAUUUUUGUAUUUGGAAAUUGUGGAUUAUCUUUUCUCAUGCUAGACAACUGGCAGAGUCAGCAUUUUGGUCCA